CCACCUCUCUUCGUCCCUAUACCCUCAUCCGCGGACCCAAUACCAUCGCAUCCUCUCCUAAAAUGCCCGCCGGAAUUUUCAACUCCACCUACUACGGCAAAGACUACCGCGCCGGAGCCGCUCUCCUCCGCGCCCGCCGUCCCUAUCUCUUCAAGAACGCCCUUACCGGUCUUGCCCUCGUGUCGUUUACCGUGAGCGUUUACGCCUACACGAUCCGCGCCGUCGGGCAGGAUGAGUUCUCGGAUGUUAAGGUCCCGGAUGCGCCUGCGAAGAAGUAAUAAGUAGACUUUAUUGUCUACAUUCGAGGAAUGGAAGGAAGUUUUGUUUGUGCGUUGUUUGGUUUCGUUUGCGAUUGCGCUGAGAUCCCACUGCCGGUAUCGAUCAGUCAGUCAGUCAGUUUAUGCUUGGUGUAUUGGGUAUUUGUGGAGUUUAGGGGGUUGUUGAAUAUUUCUGGUCGUUUUUGAAAGUCUGCAUCGUUGUUGAUUGGAAGGCUAUGAGGGGAUGAGUUGCGCGGGAAGUGAGUGAGUGGGUGAGAUGGAUGUAUGUAUAUGGUGGUUGCUCAAGUGGAAAAUCUCUGCUCGUGUGAUUUCGUCGGUUGUAUAUUAUUUCAGUGAUCUCUUCGGUUGAAGGCAUAUCCCUCUAUCGGAUUACCGGUGCAAUGAACGGUAGGCACGCUGUAUCCACACAAGGCGGAUUUUUAACAGAUCUCUUCUAUACUUCGCGGCUUCGCCUAUAUGAUGUGACAAUACAAACAU